CCUUUCCAGUCUCAUAUCGAAGACCAUCACCACGGCAGAGCCCAGUAAUAGCUGGCCGUUACGCCAGUCGUGUCGGAUGGAGUUCCACGAGCGAGGCUGAAUACACGAAGCCUUCGCGAUCUACGUCCCGGCGCCAUUUCUUCGCAGGAUUAUUCGACAAGUCAACCUUGGAAACAGGACCUGCGAGCUCUGCUCCCGGAUCUGGUGGACUUGCGCGUGUUCAGAGCAGACUUCUUCUGCCGAGACAUCUAAUACACCAGAUAAGGACGGUCAAAAUCUCCAGCCAUGAAUUCCUCGGGGCCGGUGGGCUUCCUGAACCGCGGAAGCUCGGGGAACAGCUCUAACAUGCGUGGAUUGGUGCAAUUCAUUGCAGAUCUGAGGAAUGCAAGAGCAAGAGAACUGGAGGAGAAGCGAAUCAAUAAAGAGUUGGCCAAUAUAAGGCAGAAAUUCACAGAUGGAAACCUCAAUGGAUACCACAAAAAGAAAUACGUCUGCAAACUUCUGUACAUAUACAUUCUCGGUUGGAACGUCGACUUCGGACAUCUCGAAGCUGUCAAUCUUAUCUCCGCGCGACAGUAUUCCGAAAAGCAAAUAGGUUACCUUGCCAUGACCCUUUUUCUGCACGAAGAGCACGAAUUAUUACAUCUUGUGGUCAAUAGCAUAAGAAAGGACCUCACUGAUAACAAUGAGCUUUUCAACUGCUUGGCAUUGCACGCCAUUGCCAAUGUUGGGAGUCGAGAAAUGGGAGAGGCUCUAAGUGGUGAAGUUCAUAGACUUCUAAUAUCUCCGACAUCAAAGGCAUUCGUGAAAAAGAAGGCAGCAUUGACCCUCCUCCGUCUCUACCGCAAACACCCAGAUAUUGUGCAGCCACAAUGGGCGGAACGAAUAAUCUCCCUCAUGGACGACGCGGAUAUGGGUGUUGCUCUGUCAGUAACCUCUCUCGUAAUGGCUCUUGCGCAGGAUAGCCCUGAGCAGUACAAGGGUUGUUACGUCAAGGCAGCUUCAAGAUUGAAGAGAAUUCUGGUGGAUGGGGAAUAUGCACAGGACUACCUCUAUUACAAGGUACCGUGUCCCUGGAUACAGGUCAAGCUCUUGAGGCUGUUGCAAUACUUUCCGCCGUCUGAGGAUACACACGUCCGUGAUUUAAUCCGCGAGUCACUGCAGAAGAUACUGAAUCUGGCUUUAGAGGUGCCAAAGAAUGUUCAGCAGAACAACGCCCAAAAUGCAGUCCUUUUUGAAGCGAUCAAUUUGAUUAUACAUCUUGAUACAGAGCAAGCUUUGAUGAAGCAGAUCUCAACGAGAUUAGGAAAAUUCAUCCAAUCAAGAGAAACAAAUGUCCGGUAUCUCGGACUGGAGGCCAUGACACAUUUGGCUGCGAGAGCAGAAACACUAGACCCUAUUAAACAACAUCAAUCCAUCAUCAUCGGAUCUCUGAAAGAUCGAGACAUUAGCGUUCGGCGGAAGGGCCUCGACUUGCUAUACAGCAUGUGCGAUCAAAGCAAUGCACAGCCAAUUGUCGGGGAACUUCUGCAGUAUCUUCAGACCGCUGAUUUUGCCAUCCGGGAAGAGAUGGUCUUGAAGAUUGCCAUCCUGACAGAGAAGUACGCCACAGACAUUCAGUGGUACGUCGAUAUAUCACUUCGGCUUAUAGCAAUGGCGGGAGAUCAUGUGAGUGACGAAGUGUGGCAUCGAGUCAUUCAGAUCGUCACGAACAACGAGGAACUCCAGGUUUAUGCCGCACAAAACAUUCUACAAUAUGUCAAGGCCGACCAUUGUCAUGAGACACUCGUAAAGAUUGGAGGCUAUAUCUUGGGCGAAUUUGGUCAUCUAAUUGCCGAAGACAAAGGUUGCAGUCCUAUUGAACAAUUCAUGGCUCUCCAGAGCAAAUUACAAGGAUGUUCCUCAAGCACCAGAGCGAUUAUCCUCUCCUCUUAUAUCAAAUUCGUCAACCUCUUUCCCGAAAUCAAGUCUCGACUCAUGUAUGUUUUCCAAGCAUAUAGCCACACCCUUGAUUCCGAACUUCAGCAGCGAGCAUGUGAGUAUCUUGCACUGGCAAGCUUACCGACGGAUGAUCUUCUCCGAACUGUCUGUGAUGAGAUGCCUCCCUUCCCUGAACGGCAAUCCGCGCUCCUUUCGCGGCUACAUCAAAAGCAUGCUAAUACCAGCGAUAAGCGGACAUGGGUUGUCGGAGGGAAGGAUGCGAAUGCCAAUGAGAAGGAUUUCGCUCUGGCCAAGAAUCCAGGUCUGAAACGUGCUUUCAGUAGCACGAACGGUAUCGGACAAGUCAAUGGGACAGCGAAUGGUGCAGCUAUGAAUGGCACAAAUGGUCAUGCGAAAGGUGUCAAUGAUCUUGCUGGAAUAGAUAUGUCAGACUCAGGUCCAUCGGAGCCCAAGACCCUGAAAGCACCCAACUUGGCUAGUGCAGCUCACCUGUCACCUGAUUGGGAGAUUGGGUACAACAAGCUCCUCCUGAGACCCGAGGGUGUUCUCUACGAGGACGCACAGAUCCAAAUCGGGUUGCGAUCAGAAUACCGUGGACAAAUGGCCUGCGUCAUCCUCUACUUCCAGAACAAAAACCCCACGGCAAUCAGCUCAUUUACCACAACGCUUGACCUCGAAGAGAGCGAGAAAGGAAACCUGACGUGGGAAGUCAAGAAUAUGCCAGAGAGUACGAUCAGCCAAGGGUCGCAAAGCCAGCAAAUGAUCAUGUUCCAGGCCAGAAAAGUCUUUGACAAGAGCCCCACGAUCAGGAUAAGCUAUCUCGCAGGAGCACUGCAGGCGCUUACUCUAAAGCUGCCAGUGGCAGCACACAAGUUUAUGGACCCCGCAGAGCUCUCGGCAGAUGAUUUCUUUAAGAGGUGGAAGCAAAUUGGUAGUGCACCACGUGAGGCCCAGCGCAUAUUCGGGCUCAAGGGCAGCAAAGGUGAGCGGGAGAUCAACGAUCCCUUCAUCCGAAGAACAGUUGAGGGAUUCCGCUGGGGCGUCUUGGACGGAGUAGAUCCGAACAGGAAGAACUUUGUCGGUGCCAGCGUUCUGCACACGGGCGAUGGUGGGAAGUUCGGGUGCUUGUUAAGGCUGGAGCCUAACUAUGCGACUCAGAUGGUGCGGCUGACCAUCCGGGCCACGGAUGAGAGCGUCCCCCCGGUCCUGAUCAGGCUGAUGGAGGAGAGGCUGGCAGCAGGGGUCUCAACGCAGCCAGAUGUGAUGGCGAUACCGUCACUGAGAGAAAUGAAAGAUGUUUUCGGGAAUGUCCUCGUAUCAUGAGGACGCCUCUAGGGGAAUGGGAUGAUACGACACCACGCGAUGAGUAUUGAUAUGGUUGCUGGAGAACUCGAGGAGUACAUGAUGCAUUUCAAUGGAGUGUUGUUACGGUUCUACUUUGCCUGUGCCCUGGUGACUGAGUAGUAGUGAUGAGUCCAGCCCGUGACCGAAGGAAGGUCACCCUUCGGAUUUCUUCGAUAUAUCUUUACGUCAAGGAUUAGAUGUGGGUGUUGAUGGUCCUGGCUGUUUAUAUCUUUGAACCUCUUUUGGACUUGGAGUAGCUAUAGAACACCUAUCGUGCUAGAUGGUGCUUCAGGGCAUAUAAUGCCGAGUUUAUAAUUUGCUCUGUCUAC